GACGGUGACUGUUAUUUGCGACCGUCAUUUCUGUGCCACACAUGUUGAACACGGAUGUCCGAAGUGGCAGGACGGGGAACUCUACGAUCUAGCUGCCCAGGAAGCUGAGAGGGGCGAGAUAACCAGGCUACUAGAAUCUCUGAACUUAUCUGCACUUCUCGAGAAAGCAAGCUAUUUACGAAAUGGUAUUGCCUGCUCAGCCGCUUGUGUAUGACAGAUCGGCACGUUCAUCGGUGAUGGGCGGCAUGAAUUACCACAUAGAAAUUCUGUUUGCUGAUGGAGUUCGGUGGCUGGCUCGUAUUCGAAGAUUUAACGCUACUUCACCACCGCCCGACCUACGUGACUAUAUCAUGCGCAGCGAGGUUGCGACUCUCCAAUUCCUUGGCAAAAGCAAAAUACCUGUUCCGAAGGUGUUCGACUACGCGCUGGAAGGCCAGACUCCCGUCGGCGUUGGAUAUAUACUCAUGGAAAAACUCCCGGGAAAGUCAUUACGCUGGUCCCUCGCGUCCCAGGAGCAAAGGAAGAAAGUUAUGACCCAGCUAGCAGAUGUAUGUCUUGAGUUCGAACGUUUUGCGUUCAACAAUAUGGGAUCUAUGGAUGAACCAGGAAGUGACCACAUUGCUCCGUUUGCCCAGAAAUCAUUGACUGAAUAUGUCAACUCGCAGAUGGCUCUCCUCGAGCCAUACAAGGACCCGAGAAUGUACCUCCAAUCGAGCAUUGAGCUCAUAAUGAGAUUGAUCCUGAGAAGGGAAAGCUAUGCAGGACGCGAGAUAGAUGCAUUCCUAGUUCACGAGUUUCUCCUUGAUUGCAUCCCAAGAAUCAUAGAACACCACACUUAUGACGACGGAUGAUUCUAUCUACGGCACGCUGAUGACAAAGGUGACCAUAUUCUCGUUGAUGGUGAUUACAAUAUCACGGGAAUCGUUGAUUGGGAAUGGGCUCAUACGGACUCAAAAGCUGAAGCCUUUAAAUCGCCCGUCA